UCGCUCGUUCCCUCCCUCCCCCGGCGCGCUCGGGCCGCCGCAGCGCUCCCCGCCCUCGAGCCGCGGAGCCGGAGCCGCCCGCCGCCCGAGGAGGAGGUGGAGGGAGCCGGAGGGGCCCGCCGAGGCGGCGGCGGCGGCGGCAAGAUGGCGGACUUCCUGCCGUCGCGGUCCGUGCUGUCCGUGUGCUUCCCCGGCUGCGUGCUGACGAGCGGCGAGGCCGAGCAGCAGCGCAAGUCCAAGGAGAUCGACAAAUGCCUGUCCCGGGAGAAGACCUACGUGAAGCGACUGGUGAAGAUCCUGCUACUGGGCGCGGGCGAGAGCGGCAAGUCCACCUUCCUGAAGCAGAUGCGGAUCAUCCACGGGCAGGACUUCGACCAGCGUGCGCGCGAGGAGUUCCGCCCCACCAUCUACAGCAACGUGAUCAAAGGUAUGAGGGUGCUGGUAGAUGCUCGAGAGAAGCUUCACAUUCCUUGGGGAGAUAACUCAAACCAGCUCAAUGGAGAUGUGAUGAUGGCAUUUGACACGCGGUCCCCCAUGGCGGCCCAGGGCAUGGUGGAAACCCGGGUUUUUCUACAGUACCUUCCUGCUAUAAGAGCCUUAUGGGCCGACAGUGGCAUACAGAAUGCCUAUGACCGGCGUCGAGAAUUUCAGCUGGGUGAAUCUGUAAAAUAUUUCCUGGAUAACUUGCAUAAACUUGGAGAACCAGAUUACAUUCCAUCACAACAAGAUAUUCUGCUUGCCAGAAGACCCACCAAAGGCAUUCAUGAGUAUGACUUUGAAAUUAAAAAUGUUCCUUUCAAAAUGGUUGAUGUAGGUGGUCAAAGAUCAGAAAGAAAACGUUGGUUUGAAUGCUUCGACAGCGUGACGUCGAUACUUUUCCUUGUCUCCUCAAGUGAAUUUGACCAGGUGCUUAUGGAAGAUCGACUGACCAAUCGCCUGACAGAGUCUCUGAACAUUUUUGAAACAAUCGUCAAUAACCGGGUUUUCAGCAAUGUCUCCAUAAUUCUUUUCUUAAACAAGACAGAUUUGCUUGAGGAGAAAGUGCAAAUUGUGAGCAUCAAAGACUAUUUCGUAGAUUUUGAAGGGGAUCCCCACUGCUUAAGAGACGUCCAAAAAUUCCUGGUGGAAUGUUUCCGUAACAAACGCCGGGACCAGCAGCAGAAGCCCUUGUACCACCACUUCACCACCGCUAUCAACACGGAGAACAUCCGCCUUGUUUUCCGUGACGUGAAGGAUACUAUUCUUCAUGACAACCUCAAGCAGCUGAUGCUACAGUGAUGUACAGAAGACUUGCUGUUUUAAUAUCUUUGUCUUUUUGAUUGUUUUCUAUUUGUUUCGUUUUGUUUUUUAAAAUAGCAGUUUAUAACAGGAAUUAGAAAAAUCUUGAUUCUGUCUUUAACUUCUUGGAAAUUUUAGUCCUUCUUCUUCAGACUUGGGUUUGUGGCUGAAAGCUGCUGAAUGACACAUCGCCAGUAUCUGCUGAAGUUCAGGCUUUGAUCUGUUCCACUGUGGCUUCCAUUCCAGUUGAGUUGUAAUUUCCUGCCGGAACUCAAACUAGGUAUAUUUCAGGCUAAGUUCUUCCCCUUUUCAAACUGACUUCUCCUGUAGUGCCAAGUAUAGAAGGUGUCCUUAAAUAUUUGUAGGUAUGAGCUUAAGAAUAUUCAGUUCUAGAACAAGUAAGAUAGCUCUUGUCUGCCCUACACAGCAGUGACACUUGUGCUGCUUUAUGGUGACCUAUUUUGAAAGGGCUGUUGGAAAAAAAGUUUGAUGUAGCGGAUGGCAUUCUGUAGAUUUACACAGGUUUAGCCUUCGUAUUUUUUUAAUUGCUUAUAAAUACAACAAUUGUUUUGUUUUAAAAUUUCUGUGGUUUCUGAAGGUAAUGUUCUUAGUGUUUUAAAGUUUACAUAAGGAUUUCUGGUCUGAUGCUAAUGAAAGUUCACAAAUGGUACGGGAAGAGCAGAAGGCAAGCCAAUGCCGUAUAUAGUUAUGAUCAAAAGGAAUGAGUGAAAUAUAAUUUGCCCUUUGCAUAUUUAAAAUUACAAACAACUUGAUAACAGAACUUUCUAAAUAAACAUACCCUUUCCAGAAUGUUAUGUGUUUUACUCUCAGACUUUUAAAUCCUGUCUCAGAUGAUUUUGGUCCUCACUGUAGGAAAUCAUUGUUGCACCAUCACAACCAUCUUCUUUUUGCUCUCCUGUCUGUUCCCAUCAACUCCAGACUGUGGCAUUUAUGGGACUUUUCUUGUUUAUUUGGAGCUUGCCAAGGGUGGUAUUUUCCUGUCCGACUAUUAAAGAAGGCAUUAUUUGAGAUUCCUGUUCAUUUUUGGUGUGUCUCUAAAAGAUACAGUAUGUACAUUUUUGUGUCAUUAUUGUUUAUGAAAUUCCAGCUUUAUGGAGGUAUAUUUUGAAUGUUUUGAGGAUACUUCUAAGAAAAUGAGUAGUAAUUUUUUUAGUUCACACCAAAAGAUGACUACAUUUGACCUCCCCCCACCUCUUACCAAAUUAAAACGGGCCUGUGAAGUAGCUUUGUGAUUACAGAUACAGUGAUAGUGAACUCAUCAGAAUGGCUGGUUUGCAGUCCUAAAAAUACUGCUUUGUAGGUUAGGUGUAGUGUUAGAAUUGGAUUAGAGAAACAGAUGCACAAGGCUGGUGACAGUUUGGAAAAUCUGACAAGUUUUGUCUUUUUCCUGAAAAUUGUGAUUGACUGUGAUAUCUGUCACUUUACUGUAUAACUGACUGUGUUCUCAGGAAUUUUAUUGGCUAGAAAGUCCUUGAAAGAUUGGUCAACAUUAUGGAUCACCAGCCUUUCCAAGACAAUGGCUCUUGGUCUGUCUUGCUGUCUACUGUGAGAGUAGGGCUUUUCAGAAAGUGAGCUAACCAGGGAUUGUUCCUAAUGUACCUGACUUUUCUUGCAUUUGAAGUUCCACCAUCAUUAUAUCUGUGGUAACCUCCAGUGGCGUCAUGCCUUCGUAAUACAUGAGCGCUACAGACAUGUAGCCCCACAUCGUAAUGCAAGUGUUCAUAGUAUAGUUCAGGUAUGUUUGAGUAUGUUUGAGUAGUUCUACGUCUAGUGCUUCUUGCCAGAAAGAAUACGUUGUUUAAAUUCACAGAGUUAGAAAAAUUUCAGUGCUAGUGACUAUCUGAAAAUGUGCACAGUAACAUUUAGACUUUUUGGUGGAGACUGUGUAAAUUUAGCAAAUAGUUUUAUUGAAUGGCCAAAACAUUAUUUAACUCCAGUGAAGGUUAAAGUAAGUUCCCUGUAUAAAGAGGAAGCUUAGUCUUAUUUAAGUUAUAUUUAAGAUCUGUGAUAUGAACCAUAAAUAUUGCCUGACAAAGCAGAAAUCACAAAGUUUCCUUAUUUUGACUACUACCAAGAAAUGUUAAAACACCAAAUAGAUACAGUAUUAUUUUGGGCGUUUGCAAUUUUCUUUUCUGAUGUGUGUGAUGUCUCAGAGUCAACAUUCUUUUAAGAUUUAGGGUAUAUUUUGAGGUAAUAAAUUACUUAUAUUUAAUGGCAGGCUUGUUUAGACACUCAGUGAAACUAUAAGGUUCAAUCUGAAGGCUUUAGUUCAUGUUUUUUAUAUACUGUAUUUUUAAACCAUUUGCAGGAGUCUUACACGUAUCUCAUGAAAACUGGAUCCUUUUGAAAUACCACUAUAUGAAGAGGGAGAUGAAAUUUAGUGAGCAAAAUUGAAAAUGUGUGCAUAGUUUCCACUAUGCCAAUUUCCCCUAUCUCUAAAAAAGUAUAUUUAAUAAUAAGUUCUUUGGUGUGCUUGAUUUUUUAGGUCUUCAUGGUUGUGAUUUGGAAUAAAAUGUGCCUGAUUCUCUUUUUACAUUCUGUUCUUAAAUCUGAAUGUCUUCUCAUUUGAUUCUUGAGAAAUGUCAUACAAGUGUCUUCAUUGACCUUGAAGAUAUUUGUAAUAUAUAGAGUUGCCUUAUAAAUCAAAGAACACCACAUAUUUGGGCCUUGAUUUUAAUAGGGAAAAGUUUUUGUCAAAUGUUUUCUGAAGAUCCAAAUAAUUUAAGGCGUGCCUCUGCCACCUUAAAUGUUAUGUUUAAUAACCUAAUCGUUGUCUUCUGCCAAAUAUUGUAUUAAAUUGAAAUCUCCAUUCCAAUUUUACUGUCUGGAAAGGGCACUUGAUAGCUGGAGAGUAACCACAACUGGAGAAGGCAGUGUGGAGUGAAAAAGAUCAUUUGUUUCUGUUUUGUUUUCUUUGAAGUUGCAUUGGCGUCUAUCUUACAUAGUGAAGAUCUGCUGGUUAAUCUCUCAAGUGAGGUUGUUUAGGGAAAUCCUUGCUCGGUUGGUGGCAGUGGUUGGUUUAAAGUAAAAGGAAGUACGGUUAUCUUCAUACCAGAAAUAAUUAGAAGUAUUGAUUUAGAUUCAACAGAAAUCAUAUGCCCUAUAAUUUUUUGUAAGAGUGAAUAAAUUAAUCUUAACUUCCAGUGUAUACCCAAAUACUUGUGUUUAUGCUUUUGAUAAAAUGUAUUUUCAGCAUUAGUACACAUAUCCGGUUAUGCCUUAUUUAUAUGAAGAAUAAAGUUACCAAGUUAUGUUCUGUUAUGAUCUGAAACUCAAAUCACUAGUUGAGAAGCCCUCAAAUGGGUGCUUUGAUUAUAUAAUGAUACAUUUAGACAAAACCCCAAACCAAGCCAUUUGAAACAAGAUUCUCUCCAUUGCAAUUUGUAGCAAUGUUAUUUCUGUAUAUGUAAUGAGAAGGCUAAAUAUCAGUGUGAACUCUUAACUUUUUGUUUGAAUCCAUGAAAUCAUGCCUGUAAAGCUCAAACGUUUGUAACAAACUCCCUAAUAAAUCUAGAGGAAGUCA